CUUCACCCACAAUUGCCAUCUCAGUUCCACCAUAUCUCGCAUGUCUCAUGCUCCCUAGCUGCCCCUCGUGCCUGCCUAGGCAGUCAACGUCUAUCACCGAGGCCAUUGCCACUCCAGCGCGCGGACACGUCCCUAACCUUUCUUCCAUCGAGCCUUCCCCAGCCCAAUGAGCCCAACCCGAAACGAGGAAGCGCGACGAAGACGACACACCUACUAUGUCGCUCAACGCGGCAUUCGACCUCCCAAAGGGGAACUCGCCGCCGGUGCUGCUCUCGAAGACAUGCCAGAACUGCUUCCUGCUGAAGAUCAGAUGUGAUCGGACGCAACGUAACGAUAUCUGCGACCGAUGCGCUCGAUUAGGGAAACACUGCGUAUUCCGUCCAGCGCGGCGGCGGGACAAUUCAGCGAAGCGUGACUCGCGCAUUCAAGCGCUUGAGGCCCAAGUUCAGCAACUGCUCUCCACGCGCGAUCCCGUCCCCCCACUCCCUCCAAUACCUUCCUCUUCCUCUGAUUCCGCCCCUCCUGCCUCUGUAGCCUCCCCUCACUCGUCCUACACUCGAAGCGAGCCUCCUGAUGGCGACGUCAUCGACGUCGAUAUCCUCACAAUCGAGCGGGCCGACACCCUCGUUGAGAUGUACAAGUCCGACAUGAUGCCCCAUUUCCCCUUCAUUAUAAUCCCCCCCCAUGUCACGGGGAGCUCAAUGCGGCAUGAGAAGCCCUUUUUGUUCUUGGCCUUGCUCUCCGUCGCUUGCUUUCACGAUCUCCCCACCCAGGAUCGGCUCGGAGACAGAUUCAAGUACAUGGUCAGCGAUAAGGUACUACUGGGUGGCGAUGACAGCUUAUCGCUGGAAUAUCUGCAGGGCCUCCUGGUCGUGCUGGCCUGGAACCAAUACCACCAUCGAUCCAAGUACUACUCGCAGUACCUCCAGCUCGCUAUCUCGAUAGCAGUGGACAUGCGGCUGGACCGCCGACCUAUUCGCAGCAAAGGUGCCAAUGCAGGCAGGAAACGAGACGUGCUCGCCAUCGAUCCGGCCACACAGGUUUGGGGCUCCGAGGAGCAAAGAGCCGCUGCCGGCAUUUUUUACUUAUCGUCUACCAUUUCCAAACUUCUGGACAAAUUGAACACUUUCCCCUGUACCCAGUACAUCGAGGAGGGCUGUCUUUCAUUACGGCAGAAAGCCGAGUACGGGACAGAUAAAGAUCUAUACCACGUGAUCCGACUCCAACGCAUCAUAGAAAGCAUAGAGACAUUGUCCAGUUCCUCGAGUUCGGAGACAGAAGCCCAUGCGGCCUACUUGCGCACAAGAUCGGAGCUGGAAGAGUUCCGGGUAUACCUGUGCUCUGAUGUGAGCGACAGCCACCUCCUCUUCAUGCAAUUCCACACAGCAAAGCUCUUCCUCUACCAAGUCGCCUUCUUCGAGCGCUCAUUGCAACAGUCUCCCGCCUUGAAUCUCAGUAUUCUAUGUGAGGGACUUGAAUCCGCAAAGUCUUUCCUCGACCUAUACCUAUGGCUGCCGCCGAAGUCGGAGAUGGCUUUAACCAACUCGGAGUGGAUACAGCUUUCCUUUGGUGUCACACUCGCGGCGAAGUUCGCCAUUGUCAGCAAGGACCCAAAUGUCGAGCCCCAAACGAGAGAGCUAAGGCACCGGCUAAACAUCGAAAACGUCUUCCGACACCUUGCACUGCGAAUAGGCGCUCUCGUGGGCAGGGCGACCGACGGAAAGAAGGAGAAAGACAUCUUCGUCUACUACGAGGCAAGAGUUCGGAAGAUCCAGACAUGGUACGAGAGAAUGGUGAGAGCCACUGGGAGUGACAGCCCGACGUCCCAGCAGGUAAACCUGUCUCCUCCCCAACAGCACCCGACCCCCAUACCAGGCCAGAGGGUACCACAUCCAGGCUCAUCAGGCUCAACGUCAACACCCUCGGCCGUGGCAACGCCACCCUUUUCUCCGCAACCAAACGCUGGAUACGGGAAUGUAGGAAUGACGACUGCUCCUUUCACGAGCGCAGGAAUGACUUCAAUGAGUACGCACGCUGGUUACGGCGCUCCAACCACCGUUCCACAACUUGCAUUCAUCGACCUUAUGGCAGCGCCAGGUUGGGAUAUGCCGUUUGUGGUGCCCAUGGAACAAGACCCGUGGGCAUUCGACAUACCUGUCCAAUACCAAGGCUCGCAGAUGCAAAGUCCACCAAGCGAUGGACAGUGGGGGAGUCCUAGUAGUAUGUGAUUUGACCAACCAUUUAUGCAUGUGGGCUUUGGAGUGUAGCGAGAGCGAUUUCUUGUAUAUUAUUUAGAUAACCUGUGGGUUCGUUUGACUUUGGAGGAUGACGCUCCUUUUCUACGCGCACGGUUUCCUUUUAAUUGGGAAAGGCUGGUC